GCCACGAGUCGCACUCCAUCGGCAGCAGUGGACAAGAGGCCAUAUUGAACAACAUUCCUUGCCAGCUGGCUGCAGUGUACACACUGCAGGACUUAUGGCCAGAUCUUGUGCACUUCAGUACAUCCGUUCCUGUUGUGAUGCAGUACAUUUUCCUGGUGAUUAUAGUGGCAGUGCUACAUGAAGAAUCGAAUGCUGCCCGCAUUCUGGGUCUGUUCAAUUAUCCAGGAAAGAGCCACUUUAUAAUGUUCGAGGAGGUGAUGAAGGCGCUCGCUGCCAAAGGCCACGAGGUGUUUGUCUACAGCCACUUCCCUCAAGCUAAGCCUGUACCAAACUACACUGACAUAAGCCUGGUCGGUUCUCUGCCUUCCGUCGUGAAUGGAAUUCCAAUGGACGAUAUGUUUGGUAGAGAUGAUCCUUCGGUAACAUUCAAACUACUCGAAAGCCUCACAGUGCACGCGUGUGAUAAGCUACUGCAGUUCCCCCCAAUGCAACAGCUAAUGAAGUCAAAUGAAAAAUACGAUCUAAUCUUCACUGAGCCAUUCACGAGUGACUGUAUGCUGCCCUUCGUCUACAAAUUUCAGGCACCCAACAUUGGACUCAUUUCUUCUGUCUUUAUGCCGUGGAAUCCGGAUAGUUUUGGUUUACCUGAAAAUCCGUCGUACUUGCCACACAUGUUUCUAUUGCUCAGUGACCACAUGAGCUUCUUUGAGCGUCUGAGAAACGCUUGGUAUGUGACCUAUAGCAAGUUAUUUUUUUACGAGUACAUGGAUAAACCUACAAAUAAGAUAGUCAGGAAGUACUUCGGCGACAGCCUCCCUCCUUUACAAGAAAUAGCAAAAAGUACUAGUAUGCUUUUCGUCAAUUCACACCCAUCUUUGAAUCCUCCGCGACCAAUUGUUCCAGCUGUUGUGGAGGUCGGCGGUAUACACAUCAAACCUGCUCAGAAACUCCCAAAGGACAUCCAGGAGUUCAUGAAUGGAGCAGAACAUGGAGUAAUUCUAUUCACACUCGGUUCGACAAUAUCAGCAACGGAUUUGCCAGCAGAGAAACGGAAGGCCAUAGUGGAAGCGUUUGCAGAACUACCUCAACGCGUACUAUGGAAGUGGGAGGACGAUGAGUUGCCAGGAAAGCCACCCAAUAUGAUGGUGCGCAAGUGGCUGCCCCAGUAUGACAUACUAAGUCAUCCCAAAAUGCGACUGUACAUUUCUCACGGAGGUCUGAUGGGAACGAUAGAAGCCAUUUACAAUGGGCUACCUAUGAUAGGCAUUCCGCUGUGGGGCGAUCAGCCUUCUAACGUAAUGAUGUGUGUGAGGAGGGGCGUCGCCCGUCUGCUCCGCUUUCACGAAAUAUCGAAACAGUCGCUGUUGCAGAACAUAAGAGAGGUGAUCAACGACCCAGGGUACAAGCAGAGGGCUGUGGAGCUGUCAGAGGUGUACAAGGACAGGCCCAUGAGUUCCCGGGAAGCUGUCGUGUACUGGUCAGAGUACGUCAUCCGGCACAAGGGAGCCAGGCACCUUCGCACAGCUGCCCUCGAUCUGCAGUGGUACCAACUGCUGCUACUGGAUGUUCUGGCCGUCGUCUUCGUCGGUCUCACUGCGGUUGUAGGUGUGGGUGUUGGUCUUCUGCGGCUAGUCUUACGAAAAUCUGGAUUUCUGAGAAGGGUGUCAUCGGAAGAUAAGUUACUGCAAAAGAAACAGCAGUAGUACCUACCUUACUUGCGAAUACACAAGGUGCAUCUUAUAAUAUAUCGACUUAUAAACUGGAAGUAAGUUGUUGACAAAAUCACCGGCUGGAUCAUUAAAAGCUCCUGCGAUUAGUGUUUCGAGAAGUUCAGUAGAUAACAUUUUUCGCAAAUUUUUGAAAUGCCAGGAUUAUUUUGGGAAAAUUGGCAUCUUUCCAAAUAACAUUAGAGACGUGUACAGAUUCCAUGGAUGCGCCCAGUUUUACUGUAUAGGAUGACUUAGUUACAUUAAAAAGAAGUUGACAUCUCACAUUAAAACUUAUGUAUGAAUGAAAUUGUCGUUUGGGUCUGAUGCACCGCCAGUUCCUCGUAUAGUCACGUAUGUCAAACUUUGCAGUGCAACUGUUACCAUUAUUGCCACUAUACACAUUAUAUAUGCUUCUUUCAGUUAGGUGAAGAGAAUAAUAAUACACCUUUCCUCAAGCAAAUAGCAAUGGUGAAGGCAAAACGAAUCUGAAAGCUAAAUGGAAACGUUAAUAAUGCAACAGAGGUGGAAAGUAGCUACUUCCAUCACUGGAAUUUCCUAUGGGUUGGCUUAGAACAUCGCAAAUAACUGCAUUAUAAGGGACUUACUGGGACACAGGUGCUCUCAGCCUUCUAAUAUUUCUCAACUGUAGCUGUUACAAAGGUGAGAUCUUUUCAUGUGGUUAUUUUACACUCCUGUGAUCAUGUACAGAGUGUAAGUUUCAAGAGGAAGCGUUUUAUCCAGCUCUCUCCUGGUAUUCAAAGACUGUAUGCUUCGUGUUUCCUGUUCUGGAAACCACACUCACUCUCUGGUGUCAUCAACUGCACUCCCAUUGCAAAAACAUUGUAACGAGUUGUCAAAAUAGAGUAACGAAUUUUGUGCAUACUAAAGAUAGUUGCAUGUAGCCUAUGGUCAGAGCUCACUACUCAACUCUGAUCUUUAAAUUUCUGUUAGUUAAAAUGUAAUUUAUAAGUGACAUGCGUUAGAGAAAAAUAUUACAAACUUUCAUAAAUAUGUAAAGUUUAUAAUAAACUUAGAAAUGUUAAUAUGUUUUGAUU